AUGGACAUGGAGACAUGCCGUCCGAGAUUUGUAGCCUCAGGCACCACUUCCGCGGAGCAUUCUUGGCAAUCCAACCACAUCUCCUUCCGUGCGGCCGUUCCAUUCUACCAUCUUCACAACAGCCUGUCCCUAUCUCAGCCACGUCGAUGCCGCAAUGCCUUCAUGCUUUGCAGUGCCACCGCCCCUCUGAUUCUUGAUGAACCGAAACAAGGACUGCCGCGGCACUCGCUCUGUGGCUUCAACACGCCGCCAUUCGCAACCGCCUCAUCCUUCAACUCGACAAUCCGCUUGAGCGUUGAUGACAUUUACCGCAAGAACCCCCUAGGCCGACAUUCCGUGAAGGAUCUCUUCAUACAGCUGCAACAUCUUGUCGUACCCAACGAAGAGGCGCGAAGAGAUGAAGAUCGCUCGGCUGUGCAAAAACGACUCCUCUUCCUUGCUGCUGUCACUCUGCGGAGCCAUGCCUUAUCAUUUCAUUAUUGGCGCGUCUAA